AUGAUCUGCUUGCCCUUUGCAUUCCUGUUCUUAUGGGUCGCGCAUCCCCCUUCCUCACUCGCCCGCCAUACCUUGCACAAGCGUAUGGCGGGUGAUGGGAUGACUAAUCAGGGUGCCCGUCUCCUUGAAGCUUCCUCAAGAGCGCGGGAGCACCCAAGCGCCUAUGAUCAAAUAGCUAGUACUACUUCUGACCUCGUAGUUCCUCUACUCGACUCUGGCCGUCGUCGUCCAACAGACCCAAGCCCGCAUUUGCCUUCAGCUGCUCCCAUCCCUGCUAUGAUAGAUCAAUUCAGCUCCGCUUGGAAGUCCGUCUCUUUUCUUCCAAAAUUACUUUACUUCGCCACUUCUCGGCCCAGGAUAUUCAGCUACGCUCGCCAACUUCAAGGCGAAUUUUCCAAUUUACCGUCCGACUCAGACCAAAUACUGCACCUCGACGCCAUGAUUAAAAACAUGCUCCAAGGCUUGAUCAACGAAAGCAAUCACAAAUCUUACCUAAGAAUCAAUCUUUCCUACUUCAACGACCAAAUCGCGCAACAGACGACCUUGCAUUUGCGCGAAAUCCGAAAGUUCAUAACUGAGGGGGAGAUGCAGAAGUACGACACAAAAAUAGCGAGAAACACCCAGCUGAUCGCCGAGAAACUCAGACCCGCGAGGCCUGGCGGCAUACAUCCUCUUGUUGACCUGUCCAAAAAAAUCUCGGAAGUCAACUGGCGUGACCUGCAGGCUUCUCGGAAAGCCAUCCGCUCCCACAAGGAGCCGUUUAUAGCAGCUUUAGCCGAUUUACAUGGAUUAUUUGGACCCCAGAAUAUCUUCAAACCCUCAUUAACCACGAUGCUUCACCAAGGCAGCUUCCGGAAUUGGAGAAAUACCCUUAGACCUUUUAGCCUAGGUAAAUUGGUCGAGGAACUUCAAGAAUUACAGCCUCGCCUCACAGAGCUGGCCGAAUACCUAUACAAGGCCAACAACGCGCCGGCCGAUUUGUCACUCCCCCACAACUUGGUGUAUGAGCUCAAUCAGUUUCAAAUAAGACAAGCUGGGAGGUUUGGGGAUUUCCAAGCCUUUGAAACAUACAUGUCAAAAGUUAUCCAAUCAGAGCAUUACAAAGCUUUUCAAACCGAACUCGAGUCCCCCAAGGACAUAGCCGGUUACGAACUUCAGCUCAUACAGCUCCCAGGCGACGCGCAGACAUUGAGAAGCAUGGUCCAACUUCCUGGGGAUGACAUCCUUGCUUUCGCCGAGGAUCUUCAAGUGAGAGAAUGGGCCCGAGAAAACACUGAAAAGCGUUUGGCUACAGCGACCAAAGCCUGGGAACUCAGAGAAAACCUUUUACAGUUCUAUACCCCUCAAGGUCUCAACCUCAUUUCCCAAAAGAUAACUGCUGUUGUAAAAUUUUUCAGACAAUGA